UACUCAUCGCUACGCAUACAUUGCAGCAAAAUUUAGUGAACGUCUGCUGUGAGUUGUAGUGAAUUGGAAAAUUAUUAUCAUCGAAAGAAAAAGUGUAAAAUUUAUUCAGUAAUUUGUGUGUAGGUGCAAGACGGAACCAUAACGCGGAUAAGGAAAAAGCAUCGUAAAAAAUGGCGUUGAAAGUGUUGGUUGGGCAAAAGAUUAUGAAUGAGGUGGUGAAGUAUAAGCCUCCACCACCAAAGAAGGCUGGAGCUGUAGCUGCUGCAAAAGCCCCAGGUGGCAUGGAAUGGCGUGUGUUGGUUGUCGAUAAGUUGGGUAUGCGUAUGGUGUCUGCAUGCACCAAAAUGCAUGAAAUAAGCGCCGAGGGUAUCACCUUGGUGGAGGAUAUCAACAAAAAGCGUGAACCGCUUCCAACCAUGGAUGCCAUCUACUUGAUUACGCCGUCGGAUGAGUCGGUGCGGGCAUUAAUACGCGAUUUCGAGAAUCCGGCUAGACCAAUGUAUCGUUAUGCGCACGUCUUCUUCACUGAGGUUUGCCCGGAGGAAUUAUUUAACGAUUUGUGUAAAUCGUGCGCUGCAAGAAAGAUCAAAACUCUAAAGGAGAUAAAUAUUGCAUUUCUACCAUACGAAUGCCAGGUCUACUCGCUCGAUUCGCCAGACACCUUUCAGUGUCUGUAUUCGCCAGCGUUUGCUUCGAUACGCGCCAAGCACAUCGAUCGCAUCGCCGAGCAAAUCGCGACUUUGUGUGCCACACUCGGCGAGUAUCCGAUGGUGCGAUAUCGCACUGACUGGGAUCGCAACAUAGAUUUGGCUGCUGCGGUGCAGCAGAAGUUGGACGCCUAUAAGGCGGAUGAGCCCACAAUGGGUGAGGGUCCGGAGAAGUCACGUUCGCAAUUGCUAAUAUUGGAUCGUGGUUUCGAUUGCGUCUCGCCAUUGUUGCACGAAUUAACGCUGCAAGCGAUGGCCUACGAUCUGUUGCCAAUCGUCAACGAUGUUUAUCGUUAUACACCCGGCCCGAAUCAACCCGAAAAGGAGGUGCUACUCGAUGAGAACGACGACUUGUGGGUGGAAUUGCGGCAUGAGCAUAUCGCUGUGGUGUCCACGCAGGUGACACAGAACCUGAAGAAGUUCACCGAAUCGAAGCGCAUGACAUCGACCGAUAAAGCUUCCAUGCGCGAUUUGUCACAAAUGAUCAAGAAAAUGCCUCAGUAUCAGAAGGAGCUGUCAAAAUAUUCAACACAUUUGCACUUGGCUGAGGAUUGCAUGAAGACUUAUCAGAGCUAUGCCGAUAAGUUGUGUCGCGUUGAACAGGAUCUGGCUAUGGGCACCGAUGCCGAAGGUGAAAAGAUCAAGGAUCAUAUGCGCAACAUUGUGCCCAUUCUUCUCAAUGCGGAUGUCUCCAACUUCGAUAAAGUACGCAUAAUCGCGCUCUAUGUUAUGAUCAAGAACGGCAUAUCUGAGGAAAAUCUAACCAAACUCUUCACGCACGCCUCACUCUCGCCGAAAGAUCAAGAUAUGGUGCGUAAUUUGAGCUUCUUGGGCGUGAAUGUGAUUGCCGAUUCGCGCAAGAAAGUCUACAACGUGCCACGCAAAGAGCGUAUCACCGAACACACUUAUCAAAUGUCCCGUUGGACACCAGUCGUGAAGGAUAUUAUGGAGGAUUGCAUUGAGGAUAAGUUGGAUCAGCGUCAUUUCGCUUUUCUGGCUGGACGUGCACAGAAUACCAAUUAUCAUGCGCCAACUAGCGCACGCUAUGGCCACUGGCAUAAAGACAAGGCACAGACGCAGGUGAAGAAUGUACCGCGUCUCAUUGUAUUCAUUGUGGGCGGCGUUAGUAUGUCCGAGAUGCGUUGCGCUUAUGAAGUCACCAAUGCCGUUAAGAAUUGGGAAGUGCUUGUCGGUUCGUCGCAUAUACUAACGCCCGAAGGUUUCCUGAGCGACUUGGGCAGUCUCUCCAAAGAGGAUUAAGCAGCUACAGCACAGGCUCGAUAUAUAAUUAACUAAAAUUUAUUAAUUUAAAGGUAAAGUUUAAAACUUAAUUUAAAAGCAAAAACCACUAACACAUUUAUGUAGUUUAAAUAUGUAUCCUACUAAUAAUUGAAAUCAGGUAUUGAAAGGAAGCGUACGUCAAUGUACAAGGUUAUGUUUGUAGUUAUUAGUUUAACAAAUUUAACAAGCGUUGUUGGUAUUUUUGUGUAUUUGCUUUGUGAAAUGUAAAAGAAAUUUAUUUAAUGGUAAAUGCAAUAUUAUUGAAAAUAUGUUAUUAUUACAACUUAGUGUAUUUCUAAUGUGUAAUUGUUAGCAAUAUUUCGUUUUGUUUUUAGGUUAAUUGUCCGCUAAAGUGUUUACAAAUAUUUUAGUAACUGUAUUGAUGUCACUGUAACAAUUUUUAAACACCAUUACAUGUUGUUUACGCGUUACAACUUGUGGUUAGAAAAAGAGUUAGACACACACUUAUACACACUUGUGUGUGUUAUAUUAUAUAUAAUAUAUCAUAUAAAUAUAUAAUGAAGUGCUAAAAACAACAAUAUGCGCAAGCAUGUCAAUAAAUUGCAAAGUAUUCACGUUGUUUAUUGCAUUGUAUUUAUGUCGCAUAUUUAAAUGGAAAAAUAUAAAUAUUUUAUGCAACUAUAAUUCCACUUCAACUUAUAUAUAUUUAUAUAAUACUUU